AACAUACGGCCGCUUGGCGCGCCGCUGGCGCAGCAGGCAACAAAAUAGAGGCGAAGUGUUGCGACUGCUAAGUUAGCAUUCAAAAGCGUAAAUCAUGGACAAUAUUUAUUUAUUUAGUUUCCUUUUCAUUGGCUUCUAGAAACAAUAUUUAUGGUGUAUGGAAUGCAGAAAGGUCUAACUUCUUGUUAUGAUGCUGUCGGAGCAUCCUUGUCAUUCAAUCAGCUGAUAAGUGGAACUUCGGACAACCCCCACCAACAUAAACAUUCCCAGUACGACGGUUAUGAUGUUUCAACUUGAAGUUUUGGCAAAGAAUUAUAUUCCCUUUUUGUGUCUAUGAGUAUUAACUCUACGAGAUGACUGUGUGCUUAAGAUCAAUUUCAGGAAGACAAGCUGUGCUCUUCAUCACAAAUGCACGUUGCCAUGCCACAUCAACACACAAUUUGAGCGAGAUAAUUGCAAAGGCUAUCUUCAACGAAGAAAACAGGAAGAAAGGCUUGGAGCGAUUACAGCGUAUGGGCCCAUUGCGAACUAAGCAACAUGUUCCCGCAAAGCAGGCAGCUGUGUUGGUACCAUUUUGUAUAGUAAAUGAAGAAAUUUCGUUGUUAUAUACGUUGCGAUCAAGUACGUUGAAAAAUUACAGUGGACAAGUUUCAUUUCCUGGUGGCAUGCAGGAUGAGACAGACAGUGAUCUAGAAGAGACGGCUUGUAGGGAGACGUGUGAAGAAAUAGGAUUACAGAAAAGCGACAUAGAGAUCUGGGGACAUGGAAGUUUUGUUGGUACAAAAGACAAUGAAGUAGUCGUUUGCCCGUAUCUGGGUUACAUAGGGCAUGUGAAUGUGAAAGACUUGGCAAUAAAUCGGACAGAAGUGGAAUCUGUGUUUACAGUACCAUUAAGACUGUUUUGUGAUUCUAGUAAUUGCGAUUACAUGGAAUAUCCAGGCGGGUACACCUUGCCUGUAUUCUCUGGAGGAGAGCAUAAAAUAUGGGGGAUGACUGCAAUUAUUACACAUACUGUAUUGAAAUCCCUUAUACCUGAUUUGUACAAAAACGAAGUUAAAUUAUUUCGUUAAAAGAUGUUACCGCAGUGAAAUAGAAAAAGUCAGUGAUA